AUGACAGGUGUGGGAAAAUUCUUGGCCAUUUGGAACCGUUCGGCGAAGAGCUCCUGCCCCAGAUGCUCCUCCUGCCCCGUGGAAGAUCACCUCCAUGUCCCACGCUGUUCUGCUCCUACUGCAGCUGCAGAAUGGUCAAAAAGCCAUCUGGCCCUCCAAACCUGGAUGCAGACUUGGCAGACUGCCCCAGAGAUCGAAGCCUUCCUCUUCGAAUACCUGAAGACCGUCCGUCAGCCUUCCUUGGGCGUCCCCACCGUCCGAGCCUGGUCCCGCCAUCCCCACCUCUUCCAAAAUGCCAUCUCUUCCCAAGCCAUGCUUGGGGCCCUUUACUUGUUACAAAUCAAAUGUAACAAUCGAUUAUAUAAGAGUUCAAAGCUUCCUUAA